AUGAGCAAGGAAGCUACGACUAAGGAGACGGUCAUUAGAGAGAUGGAAGGAAUCAUCCGCAGUCAGCAUGAUCUUCACGGGCGCAUUGCUCGCUCGUACGAUAAUUUAAAGAAAAUGGGCUCUACUAACAUCACGAUCGGGUUGGUGGAGGCACGCCUACAAGCCCUCGAUUCUAACUGGGCGAAAUUCGAAGCUCAACACGAUAAGCUCUACGCUUCCUUCUGGGAAAGUCUGACGGAGCACGACUACGAGAAAAGGAACGUGCCCGCGACUGUGGAAGAGGCCUAUCUAAUGCAAAAGGGGAUGUUUCUAGAAACACUUCGCAAGCUUAAGAGCAAACUUGCUAGCGAGGCUCCUGGGGCUGCCCCGGCGAGCCAACCGUCGCGUACGACCUUGCCGCGCAUCCAGUUGCCUGAAUUUACGGGCAAAUAUGAAGCGUGGCCAGCCUUUCGCGACCUCUUUCAUUCCAUCAUCGGGAAGGACGGCGCCACGACCUCCGUCGAGAAGCUGCACUACUUGAAGUCGUGCUUAAAGGAUGAAGCUGAGCUGCUGGUGCGGAGUCUGCCCACAACGGACGAGAACUUCGACCGCGCUUGGAAGACCCUCACCGACUACUACGAGAACAAACGUCUCCUGGUGCGUUCGUAUAUCUCGCAGUUUACCUCGCUUCAGAAAUUGAAGGGUGAGUCCGUUUCUGAUUUGCGCAAGUUAUAUCAUUGCGUAAUGAGCACCGCCGGCGCUCUCGAUAGCAUCGGCCGACCGAUCUCGCGGAGUGAAGACUUAUUCGUACAUUUAAUUGUGGACCUUCUCGAUCCGCGUUCGCGUCGCGAGUGGGAAAACGCUAUUAGCGAGACUUCGGAACCGCCGUCGUAUUCCGAUUUACAGCAGUUUCUCGACAGACGAUUACAUACGCUCGAAUCGCUGCAACCGGUCAAGACGGAAGGCGCUUCUUCCGCGAAGGCGGGGGGGAACUCCGCUCAACAAACGCGAGCCCUGCAUGCUAAAAAGCAGGAGAACAAACUCGGCCGCUGUUCGAUGUGCCAAAAGGGACAUUUCAUAAUGUUUUGUGCCGCGUAUAAAGGAAAGACUGCCGCGGAGCGAAAGCAGCAUAUUGAGUCGAGUAAUUUAUGCUUCAAUUGCCUCGGGAAGCAUAAACUGAGCGAAUGCGCGUCGACGCGGACCUGCUCUGUAUGCGAUGCCCGACAUCAUACGAGCCUCCACGACGCGUACUCAGGCGGGGAGGUGGCUAAGACUUCGCAUCUCGCGCAGAAAACCCUCGGGAAGCCGGUGGCGGUACUUCUCGCUACCGCUCGUAUCCGCGUGCGCGAUCGUUUCGGGAUAGAGCACACCGCGCGAGCGCUCGUCGAUCAAGGCUCCGAAUCAUCUCUCGUUUCGGAAUCGCUGGUACAGCGAUUGAAACUGUCCCGCGCGCCUACCUCGGUCGCGGUGUUCGGCGUCGGCGGGAAGCGUACGGGUCGCGCUCGAGGCCUCGUGGCCUUGGAUAUCUCGCCUCGAGACGGCGGGCCAGCCAUCUCGGUGUCGGCCUUAAUUCUACCUCGGCUCACUCUCUACGGCGGCGGGGUCUCUGCGGAUCGUGCGACGUGGCCGCAUCUCCGCGGGCUAGAGCUUGCCGACCCCGACUUUGCGGCCUCGGACCCGGUGGAAAUUCUGCUUGGAGCUGAUGUAUUCGCCGCGAUUUUCCAGCCGGGCUUGCCUAAAGGGCGAACCGUUCAAGCCGGUCGCACAAAGAACGACGCUGGGAUGAAUUAUCUCGGGCGCCGCCGGUCAGGCGACCUGCGCUCAGAGAUCGACGACUCUGCAAUGCCACAUCACUGA